AUGAUAGAGCUGUACGUUGAGUUUGAACAGCAGUCAGGGUUGGGCGCGGUUGGCAAGGAGGUCAAUGUUGAUGAGCUUGGGGAUAUAGAUUGGAAGAAGAUAAUAAUGACAGUGAAGCGGAUUUCAAAGCUAACUAUGAAGUCGAUGACGAAAACGAUGACGGAGACUUGGCAGGCAAUCCGACUGUGCAAAAAGAAGCGAAUGCGAUUUGAAGGCAACACUGCGGCGGAAGAUGGCGAGUUUAGUGUCGGAAUAAAAUUUGGAUCGAGAGAGUCGGUGAUAUCUGCAAUCAAAGGCUACACUAUCUCUAGAGGAGUUGAUUACACUGUGUAUGAGUCUGAACCGCAGACAUUCUAUGCGAAAUGCAAGGGGUAUGGUGUAGGGUGCGAUUGUCUUAUCCGAGCUAGCUUGAUUCGAAAGAAAGCUUGUUGUGAGAUCAGAAGAUACAAUGGCAAGCACACGUGCACCGUGGGCGUGAUUUCACAAGAUCAUGCCAAGUUGGAUUCGGACACAAUUGCAGAUACCAUUAGGCAGUUGGUCGAAGUAGACCCGUCGAUAAAGGUGAAGUCUGUUAUUACAAAAGUUCAAUCCAGGUUCAACUACACUCUGAGUUACCGCAAGGCUUGGUUGGCAAAGCAGAAAGCUAUCGCAAAAGUUUUCACUGAUUGGAAAGUUUCUUACCAGACUCUGCCGGUAUGGUUGAAAGCAAUGACGAUGAAGAUGCCAAGGUCUCAUGUUCAAAUUAAAACACUCUCCGUUUACCGUGAGAGUGAGGAGGUUCCAGGUGUAAGAGUUCUGCACCGUAUUUUUUGGAGCUUCUAUCCGUGUAUUGUAGCAUUCAGAUACUGCAAGUCAUUAGUGCAGGUUGAUGGCACGCACCUGUACAAAAAAUAUAAAGGUGCACUUCUGGUAGCGGUUACACAAAAUGGGAAUCAAAACAUUGUGCCUAUUGCAUUUGCGAUAGUCGAGGGCGAGGUGACAGACGCAUGGGAGUUUUUCCUAACCAAUUUGUGGAGAUAUGUUGUUACCAUUGAUGGUGUGGGUAUUAUUUAUAACUGCCAUACCUCCAUCGACGCUGCAAUAGCUCGCAGUAACGGUGCAUGGUCACCACCAAGGGCGUGGCACAUGUACUGCAUCAGGCACAUCAGGUCCAACUUCUUAAGGAGGUUUAAGGCUCCUUAUUUGCAUAAAAUCGUAGUGAAGACAAGUAUUUCAACUCGCUAUUAUGGUUCCAUUCAUAGUAAAUUUGUGGCAUCUGCUUAUGAUUAA